AUGAAUGAUAAAAAAAUAAGAAAAAACAGUGAGAACCAUCAAUAUGAAGUUGAAUUAUAUUUUUGGAUUUCAGUGACACUUUUGGUAUGUGUUUCAGGAUCAUUUCCAUAUUAUGAACAAAUUCCUUUCAUUGCUACAUCAUUGCUAUAUCAGCAUUUUGAUGUUAAUGAUCCAUUUUUAUGUAAAGUAGGAUGGUCAGGUUUUUUCUUGUCUUCUGAUGGAGGGCCAAUUAGAUGGAUUCAACGGAUGCAGGAUACCCGUGACGCUUGCAAAGCCAAACAUGAGGAUCCUGCAAACACUGAUUGUGAGGACGGAAUUUUCGAUUUAGUCAGAGGUGCUAUUCAAAAUGUUAUUAUAGGAACAAUGGGUUGGCAUAGUGGAUUGGGACCUAAUGGUGACUUUCUGAUGGUUACUUUAAUAAGAGACCGUUUUAUCUCUAGCAAUCGUACUAAUAGCCUGGGUAGCAUACAUGAUGGAAUAGCUUCUACAUUCAUUGGGAAUGGCGGUGUGUUAGUUGACAACAAUAAUUCAAGAUUAGAAACAAGAAAUAGUAAAGGAAACGGUGACAUUGUUUUGCAAGUACACAAUACCACCUUUGGAUACCAUUAUGACGUCAUUAUAAGACCAAAAAAUUCAACUUGUGGGACAUUAUUACUUGGAUCGUCUACAGAUUCUUUAAAUAUCAGUAAAAGAACAGCGGCGAAGGUAUAUCCUCUUUAUGAGGGAUAUUUUGGUACCGAUUAUUGUGCUAACCAAAACAAGGGGGAGGAGUUAAGAGCAGCAAGGAAUUACAGGCUCAAAUCGUGA